AUGAUCACACCUACCUUUAAAGUCGAACAGGAUGACAAUUCAAUCACCAUUAUCAUCAAUACACCAUAUGUUAGAGCACAAGAUGUAGAUCUCCAUGUCUCGGGCACAGAAUUUCGCUUCUUUUUGCGCCCAUAUUUUUUGAGAUUAUAUCUUCCAGCAAAUGUAGUCGAAGAUGAUGAUUCAAAGGCAGUCUAUGACCCUUCUUUGGGUCAAUUUACUGUCAAGGUCUCCAAAGAAAACAAAGGAGAACACUUUCCUGACCUUGACCUCCUCACCAAGCUGCUGGCCAGACGUGGCGAGGCUGCCGAUGUCAGUGUAGAUCAAGCACAGCCAAAGAAACCAUUGAUUGAAGUCAUUGGAAGCCAAGACAAUAAAGAAGAUGUAUCGAUGGAAGAAAGCACUGACCAAAUAGAAAAUGAAUUUCAAAAAGCUGCUGAUUUCAACUGGGAAUUACCACAGGAAUUACCAGCAGAUGAUUUGAUGAUCCACAGUGUUUAUGGCUUCAACAACCAGUACAGUGGAUAUUUUACUCAUGUCCAAGAAACAAUGAAUGAAAUCAUUGACAUCAGAGAGCCCGAAAAGUCAACUAUUGAAUCACGUCGUCAGGAUCGAUUGGAACAAGAAGAAUUGAAAUUUGACGAGGACUACUAUGCUAUGGAUUUCGUAAACGAUGAAGAAAUCCAAAAUGCCAUCAAGUAUAAGACAAUCUGGUCAAAAGAGCUCAAGAGAAUCCAGAAACAGGCCAAAGAAGAAGAACAACAAAAGAAGCAGAACGAAAAAAAGUCUUUGAUUCAGGAAAUCACCCCUGAUUUAACUCAGUCCAAUGUAGAUAUUGAUAUGAAUGGUCUGUCAAUUGGCGAUCAGAAUGAGUCGUUGAUCAAAUUCACACCAAAGGAAGAAGCCCUGAUGCGUAGUCUACCAAACAAAGAAUAUUUAUUAUCAAACGAGAAAGUAACCUAUCUUGGCUUGGUCGACCUUUUAUUUGCUUACAGCUACAACCACCGCGUGUCCGAAGGCGACAACACUGUCGAGUCUGUGUGGUGUGUUGGAAAGCUUAGUCCUACUAUAUCCUGCUUAGAGCAAUUUACUACCUUGAAAGACACAAUUAUCGCAUGCUGUAGACGUGUUCUGUCUUACCCUCUUUACCGCAAUCUGGCUCUGUGCGAAAAGGUUUUGCAAGAUGUCUACGUUCUCUUCCGUCUUGGAAAGCGGGCUAUUCUCAAGGCUCUUUUGGAUAUGAAGGAUUUGUUUGAUCACCACGAUGUUUACUAUGUGUACAGCAAGAUAUGGCUGGAUGAUUAUUGCGUGUGGAUCCAACACGCAAGUGACCAUGUCAUUCGUACAUUGGCCCAUGAGCUUCAUCAUUUUAAGGUCCCUAAAGAAGAGCUUGGCUGGGAUCUGAGCGAACUUGAAGAGAUUGCAAAACAAAUGAAUGAUCUAGAGGCAGAACAAGGAAUGAAUGGUGUAGAAGAGCAAGGAAUGGAUAGUCUAUAG